AUGAGAUCUCGACCGGUACCAACCGAAGUCGCUGAGAGGGUCCUCGAUGACCUCGGCAUCCAGGAAGAUGUCCGUACGCUCUCCACCUGCGCUCGUGUGUGCCACUCCUGGGUUCCGAGGGCAACCUUCAAUCUCUGGCACAAAGUCACCAUCCAUGGCAAGAACGGCCUCGAUUCCGUUCGUACAGCGCUUGAGCACUCUCCUCAGUUGAGUCGGUUCAUACAUGCCGUCCGGCUCGAGGACGAAGACCCCGACGACUUUCCCCACACGGCGCUCGCAUUUCUUUUCCCCUUCAUCGGAUCCCGCAUCACGAGUCUAGAAAUGUACUCGAAAUACGACGGCAUCCGUUUCCCGAGCGCUGUGUUCUCUCGUCUCCAGCACUAUACCGCACUCAAAACACUCAUGGUUUACUACCAAAUCUUUCCCACUCACCAUCACGUCCGUCGGAUUUUCCGCGCCCUGCCUGCCCUCGAUACACUUGAGCUAUCCGAGUUCCACGACAUCGACAAUAGACCAGUGCACGAUUGGAGUUUCGUCCCUGGUAAACAGCCCAGCUUGAAGAAUUUUGUGAUCAUUCUAGACAGCGAUUUCGCAUACUUAUUUCACUUCGACAUCGACCAGAAAUACGCUGUGGAUACUUCCCUUGACCUUUCACGGCUUGUGCAAAAUCACGCGAAAUACUCGAACGGGAACUUCGGUAUCACUUUCAUCAUCAAAAACUCGACCAUGAACCUCCGUGAUCGGUUCCGAAUGUGGCUGCAGCGCCUAUUGUCUCCUCUGCACGAACAGGACCUUCUCCAUAUAGUAUUUGAGAACUAUGACGAAGUGCCGAUCGGCUACAACCGACCGCUGCGAGAGAGGUCGGUUGUGGAUAUGGGUGACGACAUCCUAGCCUCUGCUUGGUCUCCGGACGGCGCAUACAUCCUCACUUUGAUGCGUGGUGGAGACAUUUUCGUGGUUGACCCGGAGAACACGAAACACCUCCAUUUCAAACGCCCUUGCCGCAUGACUGAAGACAAAUCUGAUCCACACGCCAGGCUAUCGGUGCACAUUUCCAACGGCCGCCUCUAUGCUCUGGUCGAGGUCCUUUGUAACAUGGCUAGUGAAUACGUCGAGGCUUGGGAUCUGAGCUCUGCAAAAUACCAGCCGCGGUUUGGUGCGGACGUCGAAGGCCUCCCUGGACACUACGCCGAGAUUUUCCAAGCCGUUCUGCGGCGUGAGGAAGGCUGCGGCACACCCGCCGUCCUCGCCGUGACCACUAACGGCACGCUCCUAGUCGACUCCGGGGCGGACGAUGAACCCGCGGGAACUCCGCUCGCGGCAUACAAGCGGUUCUCGGACCUCCACCUUGCCCACCUCAUCAGCCACGCCCUGGGUCGCACCCUCUUCCUUUUCCUCCACGGCCUUGAGGACGACAAUGAGUCCCAGAGCUCUUCCUUCGCCGCCGCGCGCACCCCGCAGGUUGGUCUCAUUCGCGCUACCGUUGACGUCCACCUCUCUGCCCGAGGCCAACGAGUCUUCGACCGCGGCGGACCAUCCGUCUAUCUUGGGAAUCAGUGA